AUGUCUUGUCAUCUUCAACACCCUCUUCUUCUUCAUAUCCUUCUUAAUGGCAAUCCUCCUCCUCCUCAUCCUCCUAUCUCAGCUCCUUACAUGGUUCAUCCAAGCAAGUCUCGUUCCUCUCCCUACAUUUACAAUGGUCAAACACCUUAUCGAACAUUUGCUCAACAUUGCAAAUCAACCCCCUUUCUAGCUCUUUCUCGUGUUUCUUCAAGUCUGAUUCCUGCCAAUUUUGAUCCUUCCUUCAACUCCCACAAAAAUGAUGUUCCCUGCUCUGCUUCCCUCGUUCACAUAUCGCUACUCACUUAG